CCGGCUGGCUGGCUGCAAGAGAGACCCGUCGGCUCUUGCGCCCCAGCUGGAGAAAGAGAGCGAAGUGGGAGGGCUUGCCCAGGUGCACUUCGAUCUCAGGCUCCUCCUUGGAGGGUGGAGCCCCCCUUCUCAGGCGACACCUGUGCUUUUCUUUUCUUUUCUUUUCUUUUUUGUCCCAGGCCGAGGACGAUGGCGCCCCGUUGACGCUGGACACCGAGCCCCAAUGGAGACGUAAAGAAGGCCCCACAAAUCUGCAGACGCCGGCGCCAUGUCUCAGCGCCAUUCGACCGGCUCCUUGGGAGACAAGGCCGUUCUGCUGGAGCACCAGGUCGGCUCAGAUUUGCGCCUCAGCGCCAAUAAUGUGUCCCCACACGGCAAGCGCAGCUCCCUGGUCCCUCUGGACAGCCCUGCCUUCUUGGCCGAGCGCUCCACGUCGCCCACUGGGCCCCACCGGAUCAUCCUCAGCACCCAAAGCCCGGCCGCCCUCAAGGUGGGCACCCAGCAGCUCAUCCCCAAGGGCCUGGCAGAGGGCCCCAAGCCCAAGGUCCCCUCUCGGCACCAGAGCUUCUCGGCAGCCAUCUUGAGCAAGGAAGCUGCCCGAUUGGACCCCAAGCGCAUGUCGGCCCCCAGCAUUUCGUUCGACGACCCGGAGGAAGCGGAGCUGGAUGGAGGGACGCUCAAGCGCAACCUCCGCAGCAUGUCGUACCGGGCCGCCAUGAAGGGCCUAGGGAACGGCGAGCACACAGAGCCAUCAAAAAUUGUCGGUGGUGGCCUGAAGCCUCUGUGUGAAGAAACCAAUGGCCAAGGAGCCCGGAGCCCCGGAAGGCAGAAGAGAAACUUUGGUCGGAAGCGUAUGAAUCGGCAUGGAGGUUCCUUCAAAGAUGACCCCCGCCUGUAUCAAGAGAUUCGCGAGAAAGGUCUCAACUCCAUCAGCCACGAGUCAGAUGACGACCUCCUAGAGGUGGAAACCAUCCCCGAGGAACCCCCUGCCACAGAUUCCUCCACCAUUGUGGUGAAAAACUACCGGCCUGUUCACAUCACCUGGAGCCAGCUGCCAGAGGUGCAGGAAGCUGGAAUCCUAGAGCAGAUAUCCCCGGAAGAGCGCAAACGGCAGGAGGCGAUCUUUGAGAUCCUUACCUCUGAGUAUUCUUACAUGCGCAGCCUGGAGAUCCUGGUGAACCACUUCAUGAAGUCGGAGGCGCUGAAGGACACCAUGAAUCAGACGGAUCACCACCACCUCUUCUCCAACAUUGGGGAUAUCCUGGCUGCCAGCAAGAGCUUUUUUGAGGACUUGGAGAAAAGGCAUCAGGAGAACGUCCUGAUCCCGGACAUCAGCGACAUCGUAGAGGCUCAUGCGACUAACAAUUUUAAUCCAUACGUCAUCUAUUGUUCAAAUGAAGUCUACCAACAGAGGACCCUUCAGAAGCUGUUAACCACGAAUCCUGCCUUUAAGGAAACCCUGAAACACAUUGAGCAGAAACCAGAGUGUGGCAGCCUUCCCUUGAUCUCUUUCCUUAUCAACCCCAUGCAGAGAGUUACUCGUUUGCCUCUUCUGAUGGAUACUGUCUGCCAGAAAACCCAGAUGUAUAGCAGAGCUUAUGAAGCAGCUACUCAGGCUUUGAAGGCCAUCAGUAAGCUCGUGAAGAGGUGCAACGAGGGUGCCCACACCAUGGAGAGAACCGAGCAGAUGUACACGUUGCAGAAGCAGCUGGAGUUUGGAAAGAUCAAGAACUUCCCGCUGAUUUCUGCUUCCCGGUGGCUGCUGAAAAGGGGAGAGCUCUCCAUGCCCCUGGCAGAAGAAGGCGGAAUUUUCCGGAAGGGCUCUGGACGUGGGAACUGCUAUCUCUUCGUGUUCAACGAUGUGCUGAUCAUCACCAAGAAAAAGAGCGAGGAGAGCUACAUGGUUCUCAACUACGCCAUGCUUGACCAGCUUUCGGUGGACAAAAUUGAAAACCCGGACACUCCCUCUUCUCCCCCUGGCAAGCCGGGUUCGAGUGGUGCAUUCCGCUUUGGCCACUUGUUCCGUGUGACCAUGAACAAGGACAGUGAAGGCAAGCGGGAGGCGAUAGUGCUGGCCGCGGAAUCCCUGAGCGACCGUGCCCGAUGGAUCAGGGCUUUGAUGCACAGGGAAGACAAGGAGAAGGACACUGCCAACAAAGGAGAUCUCAAGCAGGUGGAGAUUGUACGGGCUUACUUGGCCAAGCAGACGGAUGAGAUUUCCCUCCAGCAAGGCGAUGUUGUCCUAGUCCUGACCAGGGAGGAAGGCUGGUACUUAGGUGAGCGUCUGCGUGAUGGUGAGAAGGGCUGGUUCCCGCAAGCCUGUGCCCAGGAGAUCACCAACCGCAGCGCCGUGGAGCGCAAUGUUCAGCGCAUGGAACGGUUGCGAAUAGAGACAGAUGUGUGAAAGCUGGAGUAUGUCGAACAUUAGUCCGCUGGAGCACUUGGGACACAAAGCCAGCGGUAGGGCCUGGGAAGGCAGACCUGGGUUGCUGACUGCCUCCGAUUGUCCCUCCUGGGUCAGAAGUGAGCUCUUUCCUGGCUCGUAAGGUAGCCGCCGUCCAAAGAGAUGAAUGACCUUCCAGCUGUGCCGCACAAUGGACGCACCUUUGUUGGGUGACCUUCUGGGUUGAGGCAUCUCCCCCUUCCCUCCCCCUCCA